AUGCGAGGGGUGGACGGGGCGGCGGCGGCGGCGGGGGUGUGGGGCGGGCUCAACUCCGGGGUGGUGCUCAGCAUCAUCGCGGUGCUGUGGACGGUGGUGUGGCAGAACCUGCAGCACCUGCAGCUGCAGCACUUCGUCAAGCGCAACCUCGGCCGCCACGCGCGCCGCCUCGCCGCGCUCGUCGACCCCUACCUCUCCGUCACCAUCGCCGAGUACGACGGCGGGAGGAUGCGCCGCGCCGAGGCCUUCGAGGAGGUCAAGGCCUACCUCGCCGCGGCCACCUCGCGCAGCGCGCGCCACCUCCGCGCCGAGGGAGCCCCGGACGCCGACCGCCUCGUGCUCAGCAUGGUCGACGGCGAGGAGGUCCCCGACCAGCUGUUGCCCGAGGAGGGCGGCGGCGCGGUCUUCUGGUGGGCCUCCUCACGCCCGGCGCCGCCGCAGGACCGGCGCUGGGGCGGCGGCUGGGGAGGCGGGGACGAGGAGAACCGCCGCUUCUACCGCCUCUCCUUCCUCGACCGCCACCGCGAGCAGGUCCUCAACGCCUACCUCCCGCGCGUCCGCCGCCAGGGCCGCGCCGUCAUGGUCCAGAACCGCCGCCGCAAGCUCUUCACCAACAUCUCCUCCCACCAGUUCGGCGACGGCGGCUACGCCCGCUCCGCCUGGACGCACGUGCCGUUCCAGCACCCCAAGACGUUCGCCACGCUCGCCAUGGACCCGGCCAGCAAGAAGGAGGUCAUCGACGACCUCGACGCCUUCAAGGCCGGCAAGGAGUGGUACGAGCGCGUCGGCAAGGCGUGGAAGCGCGGCUACCUGCUACACGGCCCUCCCGGGACGGGCAAGUCGGCCAUGAUCGCCGCCAUGGCGAACCACCUCGACUACGACGUGUACGACAUCGAGCUCACCUCCGUGCACUCCAACACGGACCUCCGCAAGCUCUUCAUCGGCACCACCAGCAAGUCCAUCAUCGUCAUCGAAGACAUCGACUGCUCCCUCGACCUCACCGGCGCGCGCGAAAAGAAGAAGGACGCCGCCCCCGAGGAGGUCGACAAGGCCAGCAAGGGCGACAAGAAGGGCGCGGCGGACGCGAGCAGCAAGGUGACGCUGUCGGGCCUGCUCAACUUCAUCGACGGGCUGUGGUCGGCGUGCGGCGGCGAGCGGGUGAUCGUGUUCACCACCAACCACCUGGAGAAGCUGGACCCGGCGCUCAUCCGGAGGGGCCGCAUGGACAAGCACAUCGAGAUGUCCUACUGCCGCGGGCCGGCGUUCGAGUUCCUCGCCAAGGCCUACCUGGGCGUGGACGAGCACGAGCUGUUCGGCGCCGUGGGCGCGCUGCUGCGGGAGGUGGACAUGACGCCGGCGGACGUGGCCGAGAACCUGACGCCCAAGAGCGCGGAGGACGACGCGGGGUCGUGCCUCAGGGGGCUGGUGGCGGCGCUGGAGAAGGCCAGGGACGACAAGGCCAGCGGCGGCGGCGGCGGCAAGGAGGAGAAGCGGCCGGAGGAAGAAGACGGGGGAGCGGUUGCCGCCGUUGACAAGGAGUGA